AUGGUUGACUUGCGAGCCGGCGAGGAGGCACUGCAAGACAUUGAGGAGAAGCUCACGUGCAUACAGAAGUCGACCACGCACGUGCCAAUGGUAUUCUUGUGUAUUGCAGGGUCCUCCAGCCCACAGGCUGCGCAAUCUGUACAGGUCCCAGAGGCGACUGCCGAACACUGGAUCCGAGUGGUUCGCCUCAUGUUGGGAUUACGGCAGCCUAUCUAUGGCAUGGCAACAGGGACCAUGAACCCAUUCGGCAUCAUGUUGCUAGAAGCAUGCGAUUGCGUUUUCACCGACACCCAGCAAGAAGGGGUGCAUGCGAGCAGAAUUCUCAAACCCUUGGAGAUGGCUUUUGUUUGCAAGGUUGCAGCAGAGGAAGCAGAAUGCAUGGAUGAUGCCCAGCUUGAAGAACUCAAAGCCAAGCUGGUACGCGAGAAACUUUACGCCAGAUUUCCUAAGCUCUCCAAAUCUGCUCGUGGCCGCAGUGACUUUGACUCGCUUCCAGCCUACGUAGUUAUGGAUGCGGACCAUACCACACCCUGCGAAGCAGAAACAUCGACCUCAACAGUCUGGGAUGGAGAAGUGGUUCCCUUUGCUUGUAGUGUGCCCAUCUUUGAAAUCCUCAGCACGUCAUCCAGUGACAGCCUGGUCACAUUGGCCUACACUGUGAAUUUGUGGGUCAGCCCCGAGGAAGAGGAGGGCUUCUUUGUGCCUCCUCCCCCACCUCCCGAUGUCGAGCCCGACAAGCAGGCCUUCGAGGAACCACGGAGGGAGGAGGUGACUCCGCAGUCCUCACCUGCGAAGUCCUCGGCCGCAAAGUCAGCGCCCUCUCCCCCGGCUGCAUCGCCAGUGCCAUCACCAGCAGCGGCGGCACCAGCUUCGCCAGCGCCCGCCGAACCCCGGGCCAAGCCGAAGACUCCGAAGUCGGAAGAAGCAAAGCCGAAGCCAAGAAGUGAAGGCGCAAGCCCGGCCAAGAGCAGCGCGGUCACCUUUGAGGCGAUGCUGCUUGACUUGGAAGGUGCCGAAGAGGCCGCUUUUACUGCAGCCUUCAAAAGCUUGUCCAUGGGCGAGGAAGUGCUUCAACCAGACCACGAUCAGUUGAGGAGUUUCAUCUUGAUCAACAGUGGAAUCGGUGAGCAAGAUCUAGACACCGAGCUCCUGAAAAUCGCUUCGAGCAGAGAGGACUUCAGUGUGGACGUGCCCGGCUUCGUCGCUCUGCUGCGCGAGCAUCCCGUGAGCGAUUCCGACACACUGAUGCUGUUCAUGAAUGUCUCCAGCGACGGUGAGUCGAUGACUUCAGAGGACUGCCGGACAUGCCUCCUGCAGCUCGCUGCGAAGCUUCCGGAUGCAAACAUUCGUGAGGACCGGAUGGAGCAGAUCUUCGACACCGUGAUGACCUCAGCUGGCCUCUCCGUCUCCAUGGAGCAGUGGAUGGCUUUUGCGAAGACGGCAGCCAGAAUCAUCCGGCUCAUGGCGUACACGAAGACACGAUAA